ACUUUUCCAUGCUUUGAGUUUAAUGACUAAAUUAUUUCAACAAAAAUAUACCUCAUCCACCCUUAAUUAUAAACAAUUUUUCAAUUUUUAGAUUCAUUAAAUAACUGAUAUAUCUCAUCUUCAUUUAUUAUGGACUAAAUACAUUAGUUAUCCGAUAAAAUUUAUAAAAAAAUGUUUGUAUUAAUAACCUUGAUGAAAAAAAUUAAGAAGCGUGAUGAAAGACAAUACUACUUGUUGUACAUGGAGUGCAGCUUUGCUCCUUUUCAAAAUCUUUCGUUCCUGUCCAAUUAAGUACUCCCGCCACCCCCUUUUUCACCUAAACCACUGCCGCCUCAAAAUCCGAUCAUCAAAAACCACCUUUUCAACCAAUCAUCAUCAUCGUCGUCAUCAUCAUCCAAUGGUGUCUCUUCUGGUUGCAACAACAUCCGACCCAGCUUCAAUCAACCCAGCCAAUGCUCUUUUAUCCAUGCCAGGCUGGCAGCCUGGACCCCAUUUCCAGGAUGAUAUGAAGAGUUUUGUGAAUGAAGGGUUGAGAGUGUUGCUUCAUGGAAAGAGUAUAGUGGUUGAAGAUUAUUUGGAUACAAGAUGGGAAGAGGUUACUGGAGAAGUUGUUGAUGAAGUUAUCUUCUUGAGUAAACAUACUGCUGCUUCUAAUAAACAUGCUCUCACUGUUCACCCUAUUGGAGUUCCGCAUUUGCGGGAAGGUGAUGUUCCACCUCAAGGUGGGAAACCUGGAUGGGCAGCACUUCCAAAUCCUAGGAUUGGUCCUUGGAUUCGACUUCUGAAAAAAAUUGCCGAGGCUCAUAAUCUAGUCCCUGAAUUCGAGAUUACUCUGGAGGCCACUCAUCAUGGACCGUUGACAAAUAAACCAACCAUGUUUUUGGAGAUUGGUAGCACUGAAGACUAUUGGAAGAGACAAGAUGCUGCACAAGUUAUGGCUCAGUUAGUUUGGGAAGGACUUGGACUUGGGGGAGGCACUGAUGUGGGAAAUUGGAGCAGGGAGAAUAAUAAGAAAAAAGUCCUUCUUGGGAUAGGUGGUGGACAUUACGUGCCUCGUCAUAUGGAUGUAGUAUUGAAAGAUGAUGUUUGGGUUGGUCACCUACUUUCUGGAUAUUCCGUGCCAAUGGAAGAUCCAAAAGGAGAAACAAAUGCGGAGAUUGGAGGAACUUGGAAACAGUCUAUAAAAGCCGCAUAUGAGGCCACUAAAUCUGCUUUUCCUGGUGGUGAAAUUAUUGCACAUCUUGACCAAAAGAGUUUCAAGAGCUGGCAGAAGAAUGCCAUCACAGGAUUCCUCGCGGCGCAGAAUAUUAAAAUUGGAAAAGCAAAUAACUUCUAUUGAGUAUUGAUAAGAGGAUGUUAUUGUGAACACAAAGAGUCAUGAUUGCAGACAAAGUCAGGCUGAACCUUCUUGUAGACCAGACUAGCAAUAAAAGUGAUUUUGAUAUGAAGUAACUUCAAGAUUAUUUUUUAGAGAUUUUUAAGAAAAGAAGAAGUCAGUUUGUGUUGGUUUAAAAUUAGAAAAAGUGAUUUUGUAUUUCUCUCGAUUAGAAAUAAUUUUCAGGCGCUGUAGAAGGUUAGCGUAUAAGUUAAGUUCCUAUGUAUUUAUUUGGAGAAUUGUGCUCUAGAUUGAUAAGAAAUGUAUGAAAGAUUAACAUUUAACAUGAAUUUAUUUACCAUGGAAAUAUUUGAGUCAAAGAUAUACAAUAAAAUAUAGUUACUUCCUUGGCCAUAAA